UAGUCGCUCGAGAAUUUUCUUUUUUUUUCUUUUUGACAAGUGGAGCUUAUCUGCGUAGAUAAGAAGCUCUGACGUAUGUGUCAUGUAAGUAAUGAAUUUCUUUCUUUCUCCGUAGCUGUCGUCUCCACAGUUUGCUGAAAGAUUAGGAAUGUACGUGACUCUUGGAGUUCCCUGUUACAGCAAGGAUGAGUCACUGAUUGGUGUUGUUGGUAUCGACAUUGCGUUGAGUGAACUUCUUCAGAACACAGUGUCGUUCGGUCCUGGGGAACUGUCGUACACUUUCGUGAUCGAAACCGACAAUGGUCGAACCUUGGUUCAUCCCCAGCUCCCUGAGCCUGAGGCAAUUCGGGAAGAGCCUGUGGUGAUCAUCAUCAGUGACCUGGAAACAAGCCCAGGAUUUUCAGUGAUCCUUUCUUCUAUGAUGAGAAGAGAGACUGGCAGCAAGACAUUGAGAUCCGAGCGCGUGUUAUCCCGAGGAGACCCGAACUUUAACGGUUAUCGUGGUGUGACCGCCAACUUUACCUACUCCUGGAAACCUGUAAACAACACAAACUUUGCUGUGUGUAUUGUGGUAGCGUCAAACGAACUGGACACCAAGGAAAUAGUUAGUCACAAGCCAUACCCUCAGCCCGAUCUCUAUCACCGCUACGAUUUUGUCAAAUAUCUCGAUGUUGGUUCAAUCAUUGUGGACAAACCGAUCGCUUUUCUAAGCAAUACUUCAUUUCCCGCAACGCUCUCUCGCUCAAAUUAUUUCCUCAGUUCUGGUUGUUUCAAUGAUCCAUAUAUGUUUGAGAACACGCCGGAAACGCUGGAGUUUGUGCAGCAUCUAUCUGAUUACGUAGAUGGCGUAACCGACAAACCGCCCACACCAUCACUGAAGAAAGGUGUUUUGGUGGAUAUACGCCUUACCAGAGAAAUAGAGAAGUGUUGGAACAGGAAUCCUAUGCGUGUUCUUGGUAGCAGUGCAGCAUGGCGGUACAUCGCCACAAACUCUGGAGCAAUGAGACAGUAUCCGGGCAGACAAACCUACAAUAACAGAUAUGACCCAACCACUCGGCCUUGGUAUUACGCGGCCAAAUCGUAUCCAGGAAAAGUGACAUUUUCAGUUCCUUACUUGGAUAAUGGCGGCGCUGGAGUGGUGGUCACUACCAGUCAAACAAUUAGCAGUGAUUCUAUGGUUCGAGCCGUGAUGGGCAUUGAUUUUAAAAUGAUUAAGAUCCACGAAAUAGUCGUCGAUAGUGGACCUAUUUGCAAAAAGAAUUCUGUGUCGUGUAUGUUGAUCGAUCCAAAUGGUUAUGUGGUUUACAGUAAGCAGUUUAUGUCCAGUCCCAGAACUGCGAAAGAACGCGUACAUUUGGCGUACAAACAUCCAGAGUUACUGUUGAACUUGAUGAAGAAAGGAAUCAUCUCCACCAGCUUGGCUUGUAACGACUUGGAGCUUGGCCAAACGUACACCAAUUACAAGAUAACGGAUACACUACCAGGUGGUAAAGUCCAAGGUUCAUUGAAAUGUGGUUCCUAUAUUAUGGUGGCUGUGCCUAACACUAAUGUGUACCUUGUGGUCCUUGAUGGAGGAGACUGUCCGGACUCCGCUAUAAAAUGUACCUCGUGUUCAAAGAAGUCAUGCGCAGACGGUAUAACCAAAGAAGGGUCUCUGUCUGCGCCAAUCUGCGUGCCCUGUCUGUGCAGUGUGUCGUACAGUCCCUGUGCUUUACAUUAUUACAAGAGUCCUAAUGCUGCCGUAGCGUGUCCUUUCAUUCAUCGCAACCUGGCGACAGCAAAAAGUGCCUGCAAGAAGCCUGAUACCGACUCGGUCUUCGUUCGUGUUCCAACACGUGACCCGAGUCUCGGGUCCACUCUGUCUCCUCAUCCAAAAAGUCCGUCGGGAUCUGGUAUCAAGGCGAAUCCUUCUUUGUUGCUUCUCUGGUUCAUACUGUUUCUUCGAUCUGUGGUAUUCGAGUAACGUGUUGUACGCUCCCAAAAAAAAAAAAUUUAAAAAUUGUAAAAAUUGAAGAAGCAAAACAAAAUGUACACCGACCAUGGUUGGGGAUUGACUCUGGCUAGAAAUGUAAUUCAACCUUUGUUCUAAGCAUACUAUCAGUCAGCGUGAGCAAGCAUAGAGUUCUCAUUGUGGCCUUCACCUUUCUUUCUUACGCAGCUUUCUCUAGCGGCGUUGCUUUAAGUGUUCGUAAUUGUCAUCCUUAGUCAGGGAGCAACGUUUAGGCCGGUCCCACAUCUCUCCCAUUCCCCAUUCUGGAGGAUGUAGAUAAAGCUCACUUUAAUAGUAGCAACGAAUAAUUUAAUACUGUUGUUUAGUGCACAAAUCGUAAUGAGGCUGCCUUUUUGUAUGAGCCAAAUU